UGAAUUUCCAUUUGCCACUUUGCUAGAUUAAUUUUAGCAAUUGUAAGAUUCUCGUCUAGCAUUUCUAGAUUUUAUAGCUGCUAAUACUAGAUAGCAUUUCGUAAAAUAUAUCCUAUGCUUUCCAUAGAUGGUUCAUUUUAUUGAUUGAUGAUUAAUUUUCUUCGAUCGAUCGUGUCGUGUUUACCUUCACAAGCAAAAGUCAUCACCAAAAGAUAAGCUUGUCAUUUACGGAAGAAAUAGAUGAAUUAUUUAUUACACUAACAAUUGAAAAAAAAAUUGGACAUGAGUACAUUACAGAAGAUUCUUGGCUAAUUUUUUGGAUAUUAAGUAUAUCUUAGAACUACAAAAUGAGUCAAAGUGUAGAUGUUGUUGAUUUAAUUUCUACAUUACUGGAUAAUGAAAAAUAUAAGGAGGCCCUAACUGCUUCUAAUGAGAAAAGAUUAACUGCAACUAUUAAGGAUAAUUCUUCGGAUUUAAUAUCUGCUAUUGUGGGUAAAAUUGAAGAUGAUACUGUUACCAUAAAACCAUCCCUAUAUGGCACAUGUGAACAAUUAUUAUCAAAAGUAAUUGAGGAAUGUGCUCCCGAGGAAGCUCUGCUGGAGUUCAUAGAACAAUUAGAACUUGCUAAGAAUGAUGCUCAGUUUGGGAUAAUUUUACCACCACUGCAACAAAUUCUGAAAAAACUGACUUUCAAGAGGGGAAGAUCUUUGGAAUGGUGCUUAAAUUCUAUUUGCUCUCACAUUGAAGAUAUUCCAGUGCCUGAACACCACUUGGAAGGCGAGGAGAGGUUGUUGAUGGAUUCUGACCCUAAUAUCAGGAGGAUUGUGAGGGUAUACAGCCUUUUACCCCCAUUCUACAGAUAUUUUAUUGAGGAGAUCAAUCAAGCUGAUUUCUAUAAUGUUAAAACAAAAGAAAUAAUAGCAGCUUUUCUGAUAAGUCUUCUUGGAAAACCUUUGAUUUACAUUGAUAUGGAUCCAGAAACAAAUGGAAACAGUGAAGCCAGGCUAAACUGUUCAAUUAUUGUACAAGACAUUUGUCGUCUUGAGAAAAACAUUUUAAAGUUCUUAGUAUACUUGGAAGGUUGUGAUAGGGACUCAAACAAGAAACCUGCAAAGGAUGAUGAUUUAGAAGAAGAGAAGUUGCCAUAUAAAUAUGAAGACAAGGUCAACAUGACUACUUUAUCUGGCUUGUUCUAUGUUGUUCUAUCAGGACAUUUUCAAUUACCAGAUACUGCUAUACCACAAGUUUAUAGCUUGGAAUAUGUUCUCCAGACAGCAAUGCUUUCUGUGAUUCAUUUACUGAACUUUUCUGAAUAUGGCAUGUUGUCCAAAGCACUUGCUUUAGCUGAAGUGAUAGUUAAUCGCUUCCCUGAUAAACUAUCACAUGAACUUCUAUCGUCUUCCGUGCAUUUUCGUAUGUGCAAAGGAUUAUUUACUAUAGGCAUAUACUCUAGUUAUGAAUCUAUUCGUAAGAAAUCGGUAGCCUUGAUUGGACAGCAAAUUAAUAAAUUUGAUUAUAAGGGGAGAUGUAUACUUAUUACAUAUUUGAUUAAAACAUCAAAUCAUUCAGGCAUGAUUGGCUAUGCAAUAACUUUAUAUAAAAGCUCAUUAAAUGAAGCAUUUCAGGAUCCUCACAUGGAUGAUUGUUUCACUGGCCCUCAAUUUUCAAACAUGUUAAAGAAAAUAUGCCAUCUCCCUCACGGUGCUGAAUCAGAUCUUGUUGAACUUGCUGAUCAAAUUAUAACUUCUUUAAAUUUUCUUAGAUAUUUAGCUAUUAAAGAUACAAAUAAUGUAACAGGCAUCUGGAACUGCUUUUCCUUUAUUGAGAAUCAGUAUUUAGAACAACUGAGAGUUGGGUUAAACAUGUCUAAAGCUCAUUAUGAGGUUAAACUUAAGGAUAUUGAAGAAGGGAAAAAUCUACUUGAAAAUAAUGUUAAUGUAUCAGUUAAUGUAGGUGGAAAUGUAUUGGACAAGAUACCUGAAGAAAAUGCAAAACAAAUAAUAUACUCUGCUUUGAAUGCCUUUCACCUGAUUGAAGGUCUGAUAGGGCGUUUAUGUGAAUGUAUAAAUAUAAAUAAAAUGCAGGCAUUACAAAUGAACUGUGAAUAAAUAUAAAAGCUAAGCUUUGUUUUAUAAUAAAUCACUUUACUCUCACUUAAAUAA